CAGCUGAGCUUACCUGCCCUGACAUAUCCUACGUUCAGGACUCUGCUCUGAUGAAUUGUUCAAUGUCGGUACCGUUAGUCACUCUCCUGUAUUCUGGGCCCGGUAACGUAAAUGCCCCACAGUGUAUAGCAGAAAACAAAUAUUGCACGCCUGUUAAAGGAUAUAAUGCAAGUGUCGUCAACGCAACCUACAGUAGACUCAGGAUACUGAGUAUACAACCAUAUCAUGCAGGGAGGUGGACAUGCAAAAUCAUCCCAGAUGGACCUAGUGCAUCUUGUAAUCUCGUCACUACAAAGACCCCAACAUGCAACAUAUCGAGUGAUAAUGACACUGAUGCACUUGCCAAGUAUCAAGAAUUGUCACUUACAGUGGAUAUCAGAGAUUACUUUUGCUCUGCAAUUUCAAACUUCGCACUACAGACCGGGAACGUGACAACGCCGCUGCCGAUUGCUGAACAUGUAACACGUAUUAUUAGCAACAUUACUGCCGCAACCUUCAAUGUGACGAAUUCCCACCUGGGGAUUGUAGGACUGAUAUAUAACUGUCAUAACAAACAGUGGGAUAUAACUUGUCAUGGCGUCACUGAACUCAAGACUCCAACUUGCAGCAUAACCAGUGACAAGGACACUGACAGGCUUGUCCUGAAUGAAGAGCUGACUCUCUCAGUGGACUUUCAUGCCUACAACUGUCCUGUAGUGGCAGACCAGUCACGACAGGGACAUCGGCAGAGACAGGUGUGA